AAUUGAAAUGAUCUCCACUUUGAGCGAAACGUCUUCACUUCGACAAAUGAAAACGUUCCAGUUACAUAAGUGAUUCGGUCCACUCACCUCUCCUCUCUGUGUAAAAUAGAAAUUGUGUUGAGAAAGUGUGAAUCCCCCCCAGACAAAAGCCAUCCCUUUCAUGACCUACAAGCAGCCAAAGCCAUUGGAGAGGUUCAAUUUUGUUUGAAAACACUCCCUCUCUCAUGCUUUUGAGAGAGUAGCUUGAUGCAGAAAUGAAGGGUGUCUACUUCUCCUUUCGUGGUAUGGGCCAGUAGCAGUCAGGCAAUGCGUUUUCAGCCAUUUGAUGUUUUAAAGAGCGAGAGAGUUUGUUAUUCUGAAGGAUUUGAUCAGUCGACUAGCAGACACUUGAUUAAUGGAACUGAUCCCUUUCGGUAUGGGAGAUCCCCUUCUGUCCCCUCCCCGUUCACUCCCGGGCCUUGUUUUCUCAACUAAAAUACAGUUCCGUUACAUAACCUAGAAAACUAUUAAUUUUCGUCGCGGAUUUGUAUCGCAGAUAGUCUGACAGAAAAGCGAUGCGUUUGUUUGUUUUCAUAGACUGAAUUCGACAUCGAAUUCGUAAAAUGAGAUACUUUAUCAAGCUCUGCUGGGUUUUGGGGAUUAUUUAUAAUGCUGAAGGUUCCAGGCCUGUUUCAGAAAGUGGUCUGCCCCGUAUCAUCCACCAUCCAUCUGAUGUGGUGGUCCGAGUGGGCAGUCCGGCCACGUUGUCCUGCAGGGCAGAGGGCAACCCUAAGCCCACCAUCCAGUGGCUCAGAAAUGGGCAACCUCUUGAUACGGAAAAGAUGGAUGCGCAUUCACAGCCUGUCGUUUUACCAGAAGGAAGUUUGUUCUUCUUCAGCGUUGUCCUUGGCCGAAAGAGUCAGUCCCAUGAAGCGGUUUAUGCCUGCGUGGCUCGCAACAGUGCUGGGGUCGCGACUAGCAGAAAUGCCUCUCUUCAUAUAGCAGCUCUGCGAGAAGAGUUCCGUGUGCAGCCCAGUGACGUGGAAGUGGCGGAUGGCGAGGUGGCUGUGAUGAACUGCAGCCCACCCGUUGGAUAUCCUGAGCCCAACGUAGCCUGGAGGAAAGACGGGAUCCUAAUCGACAGCAGCAAUGAACAUUACACUGAGCUGAAUGGGAAACUGAUCAUUGCUCCAGCCCAGAAGAAUGACUCUGGAGUUUACAGCUGUAUAGCCUCAAACACAGUUGGAGUGAGAGAGAGUCGUGCGGCUCGACUGUCUGUAUCAGCUAAACCAGUGUUAUUGCGUAAACCAGAGGAUGUUUCAGUGCAGCUUGGCGCAUCUGCACAGUUUUUCUGUGAGGCCGAUGGAGACCCAAUGCCUUCUGUAGAGUGGAGCCGAGAAAAAGGAACUCUACCCAAUGGCAGAUAUUUAAUCAACCCUGACCACAGUCUGCAAAUCCACUAUGUGACGGCGCAGGACACGGGCAGGUACACCUGCACUGCGGAAAAUAAGCUUGGGGUGUCUGUGGCCAGUGCACAGCUUCUUGUAGAGGAUGCAGGAAUCACCAGACUGAGAGACUUACACAAGGAGCUGUCUGCCUUGCGCGUGAGCCUGGAGAACGUCACAGUUAUGAGUACCGCCUCCAACAUGUCUCAAGUUAUGUGGAGGUUGCAGUCGUCUAUGUCACAGCCUCAUUAUCUUGAAGGCUUUGAGGUGCUGUAUCGCUCUCUCCUGCCGGCCAGCUCAGACUGGACAGCUCAAAGUGUUCCUCAGCCUGGCCUUCACACACAUGUGGGACCUCUGAAGAGAGGCUACAAGUACGAGUUCAAAGUCCGACCCUACGGCAGCAGCCUGUAUGGCAGGGAAAGCAACACCAGACACUUACGAGUGCCAGAGAUAGUCCCCAGUGCACCACCUCAGGAUGUGUCCAUAACAAUGCCCACUGACCGUAAUGACACGGUGCACCUCAGCUGGGAGCCUCCACCUCAUGAUGCUCACAAUGGAAUCAUUCAGGGAUAUCAGGUGUGGUGUGUGGAGUCUGAGGAACAGAAGUCUUUUAACUGGACAGUGGACAGUGGAACACACAGUAUUGAGAUCAGCACACUGCAGCCCGGCAAGCUGUUCUGGGUCACGGUGGCUGCCGUUAACGGGGCGGGAGUGGGGCUCCAGAGCGAUCCAUACAAACUGCUCAUAGAGUCGAGGCUUGAGGCGACACCGUAUCAGACAGGCAUACUCAGUAUGUCUCAUUUCCUUGCUGUGAUUAAAGAGCCGGUAAUCAUUGGCAGCGUUGGCACCCUCCUGUGGUGUGUUUUGAUGAUUACUGCCAUGUUUUUGUACAGGAGACAUGUCAGACCCACAAACCUGGGAGACAAACGCUCAGGCGUAUAUAGACUGGAAAGUGAAGAUCUCAUCAUCAAACACAGAAUGGAAGCAUCAGACUCUCCAUGGAUCUCUGGAGGCUGGAGGCCAGAUUCCAGCAAAGAGCCCAAGCAGGGCCUUUGGACCCCGAGUCAAGAGAACUCUGGCUUCCGGAGGACUACUCUGCCCAUUACGGCUAAAAAGGACCCCAACUCUGUGCGGUCAGCCGUCCCGAUUGUACCAGACAAUUGUGGCGUCUAUGGCACCUUUUAUGUGGAUCUAACCGGCAACGGACUGAAGACAUCUAAUACUCCAGGUUGCUGUCCCAGAAUACCCCACGGCAAAUCUCAGCUGCAUAACUCCGAAACUGUUCAGAUCACUGAACCCAUCGUUAAAACUGCCGUUGUGAGGGAAGUGAAGGCAUUGCCAUGGAAACGUGCCCUCCCUGCCCAGCCCAACAUGGGUGUUCUGAAGGAAUCGUGGGAGAAAAAUUACAAGCGUGAACUGCAUACUGUAAAAAGUGCCCCACUAAUGCCUGUGACUCAACAAGCACUGGCACUGUGCAGUGCAUCGAGUAACCAUCAGCAAAGAUUCAGUCAGCACCCUGCAGGUGGUGUAUCAGAGCCUGUGAAGCCGCUGAGUUCUCCACGUAUCCUGCACUACUCUGCCUCUCUGCAGCUGGUGGACAUGUUACCCAGCCCUCCACCUCUUCCUGUGGAGGACUACCACAGCCUCAGCUCAGAGGACGAGUCUACCAGAUCCACCAAAUUGACAGUUGACAUCGGCUCUCUGCAGUCUGUGUGUACUGCCUCUGGCCUCCAGGGUCCCGCUACGGCCACUACGGGCUGUCCAAGCCACUACAGUCCAGCCCAGCCAAGCCCGACCUUCAGCCACCUGUCCACGGCCUCCUUCUGUCUUUCCAAUGAUGACUACCAGGACACCACGCUCAGUACUCAGGACCACACUCAAUACAUGGAGAUUAGCCCCAAAACACAGAGGCAAAGUACGUCCCAUCAGAGUUCUCCUUCAAUGCCCCGUCCGUUCUCUCCCACGCCCACGUUCGGUUACAUCUGUGGGCCUGCGGAACGGGAGAUGGAUGACGAGCGGGAGUCUCAGCCGAUUGGCCUCAGGAGAGCCACCCUGAGGGGCACACCCUCGUCUUGCUGCAGCGAAUGGGAGGGUUCGUUGUGGAACGGCUGGGGUUCGGUGUCAGAGAGCAACGUGACAAGCGCUCGAACGAGUAUCAUCAGCUCCUCUGACUGCUCGUUCAUAAACGAUGCAAACUUUGCCCGCGUCCUGGCUAUGACAGCCGAAUCCAUGAGUGGUACUUUAUCAGAUUUCUCCCUGCCUGCAUCCCCCCUGAGUGUUCUGUUCCCACCUCAAGAGUGUUUUGGAGAGGUGGAGCCGCUGCCUGUGUGGGACUGGAGCACAGCGUGGGUGGAGGAGUUGGAGGCCCAGUUAAAAGCCUCCAGCGAGGCCAGAAGAGCUACCACAUCUAGCCGACACUCAGGCAUUGAGCGCUGGAGAGGACAUCUGGAAACCCCUUCGCACCGAUGAUCAACUUGCACAUGCCUAGGGGUCAUUUAUGGACUACAUUUCCCUGCGUUCCUCAGGGCAACCCCCAUUUCUUGUAGUUUUGAUGGGCUUGGGUAUGUAGCAAGGUCAAAUAUAAGAACACACUGCUGCAAGGUACAGUAGGUGCAGUUUAUAUGCCACUUUCCAUACGGACAGUUGAGUUGUUUCACACCAUAAUAAAGACUAUUGUACAGGAUGUUCAUAUUGGCAUUCAAAGAAAUGUAAAUAAACCAAUUUUAUUUAAUAAUAAAAA